GCACAUUCAACCUGCCCGCCCAUGGUAUUCCACAUUUCACAGCGACUUGUUGUCCGUAGGGCUUUGUGUCAAUACAUAGUGGAUACAGGAUAUGCCAUCGCGACGCACUCAUGCCAACUCCCAUCACGGCUGCGCCCAAUGCAAACAACGCAGGAUCAAAUGCAAUGAGGCUCGGCCUAUGUGCGCCUCUUGCCAGAAGAAGAAGAUAAGAUGCUCCUUCAACAGCCAUGACGUACUAACAGCAGCACAUCACAGGGCCGGUAGGUCAGAUAGGCGGGUGGAGUUCCUUGCAUAUGAAAGCUCCCAGCUCCACCUCCUCGACCUGGAGCUCUUGAACCACUGGCAUGUGGCGACCGUACAGACACUGGUUCACGAAAUAUCGACGGAGAAGGUACUGCGGGAGUUUGUUCCGCAGGUGGCUCUUUCAUACCCGUUUCUGAUGCACAGUUUGUUGGCUUUAUCGGCCCUCCACCUCAGUCACCAUGGUCCUGUUGAGCGACGACAUCGGUAUACUGAGGUCGCUAUGACUCACAACAACAUUUCGCUAUCUUUAUGCACCCCUCUGCUGAAAAAUGUGACACAGGAAACUGCCAUGCUUUGUUCGCAUUUGCCCUGCUUUGUCGCCAUGUUCUCUUUUGCUGCGCAUGGCCCUAAGGUCAAUCUGAGAGCCCAGAGUGUCUCGGCUGUUCUUGAAGUGUUCAAGCUGGUUCGGGGAGUGGCGUCUAUUGUGGCGGAGGCCCGUCCAUGGAUUGAAGCAGGAGGCAUGAGAGAUCUACUGCAAGUUGAUCGGCAGCCACGUCAAACAUCGAAGACGACGCAUGUCUGGGAGCUGUAUGCUCGGAUACAAAGUAUAAAGAACGGCCAGGCGCGAUCUGCUGAGGCAGACUACCAUGAUCGCACCGGCUCAGUGGUUGAAUUUGCUACUCAGAAGCUACUUGAAUUGUUGCAACUGUCAACCACGGUGGAGAAUCCCGCUUCAACUAUCUUGAGGUGGCCUGCUGUGGUAGACUUGGGAUUCUUGGAUCUUUUGAUGGAAGAUAAUACCAAUGCCCUCGUACUCCUCGCCUAUUAUGGUGUUGCACUUGAUAUGAUGACCGAGAGCUGGUGGACGGAUGGCUGGGGUAUAUUCUUGGUUAACCUUUCCUCGGAUCGGCUGGGAUCAAAAUCUGGCCCAGAGCUUGCAUGGGCGCAGAAAGCUAUUAACGGGGAGGAUCCCGCGUGUUAUCAUGGGUCAUCCCCCCUUUGUGUCGCAGUCGACAGAUGAAAAAAGUAUCUGAUUUGACGACUUGCACGCAUGGUGUGUUUCUGGUGCUCACGAAAAGACCAUGAAACGGAUUAAACUCAAACAAUCUUUCCAUUCGACGCAAAGAAGUGUGCUCCAGGUCAUGGUGAUCUAUCUACCUGAAAUAGGGUUCUACACUUGGUCAUCUCCGACAGGUAUACUCCGGGUCCUAGAGCCGAAAUGAAGAACAUGCUCAUAUCAUAGACAGAGCCGUUGUUGCAAGGCUUGUUUAAUAUGCAAAGAUAUCAUUCUUCCAGCUCAAGACAAUUUAUCAUGUGCAAGCACGUAUCACUAGGCUGACAGCUCUAGUUCACCGGCCUUGCUCUUCACAAUAACAAUCUGCGCUGCGUCAAACCGAUUGGUUCUCACCAGCACCCCCAAAUUGCCCCAGCUUUUGCGCCUUGUGGGUGACGCGGCGGACCUCAAGGCUG